CCUCUUCACUCUCUUUAAACAUUUGAAUAUUUUUUUCAUAGAAAGGGUACUCCUAUAACUCUUAGCUAUGGGAAGAGUUCCUUGCUGUGACAAAAAUGGGCUGAAGAAGGGGCCUUGGACUCCAGAAGAAGAUCAGAAACUCAUGGAUUACAUACACAAAAAUGGUUACGGAAAUUGGAGAACUCUUCCAAAGAAGGCUGGUCUGCAAAGAUGCGGGAAGAGUUGCCGACUGCGGUGGACCAAUUACCUCCGGCCAGAUAUCAAGAGAGGAAAAUUCUCCUUCGAGGAAGAAGAAACCAUCAUCCAGCUUCAUUGUAUCCUCGGCAACAAAUGGUCGGCGAUAGCAGGCAGACUACCGGGAAGAACUGACAACGAGAUAAAGAACUAUUGGAACACGCAUAUUAGAAAGCGGCUGCUGCGAAUGGGAAUCGACCCCAUCACUCACAGCCCCCGCCGCGACCUCCUUGACCUCUCAACCCUCCUAAACUUCGCUCUCUGCGCUCAACAACAACAACACUCAAACAUCGACUUUUCCAGAUUAAUAGGAACGCAACCUUUGAUCAAUCCGGAAAUAAUAAGGUUGGCAUCUUCCCUGCUUUCCUCAGACCGUCGAAACCAGCAGGCCUUUCUCAUGACUCAAAAUCAACUAAAUACAAACUGCAACGAUCAAGUUUCUCCAACAACGUCUACCACACUCUCUAAUCAGAAUCGGAAUCUGGCCGGAUUUGUUGACUGGCAGCAAAACGACAGUUCGGUUUUUAUGACGGAAGAUUAUUCACAGCCGGCUAACUACGGGUAUUACGGGUCGGUUCAGUCGGUUGUGGAUCCGGCGAUUUCGUCGGAUAAUUCGACGUUUCAGACUAAUUGCAGCAGCAACUUCAGCUUCCAAUCCGUUUUGUCCAACAUCUCCACGCCGUUGAAUUCCGGUUCGACUUACAAUAUGACCGGCGGCAGCACAGAAGAUGAGAGGGAAAGUUAUUGUAGCAAUAUGUUAAAGUUUGAGAUUCCGGCGGAUAUAUUGGAUGUCGCCGAUUUCAUCUAAAUAUUUACCAUCAUUGCGAAGCGAUGUGGACAUUUUUCUUUUUCUUUUUAUUUAGGUUUCUCAUGUUCCUUGCUUCUUGUAAAUUAAUAACUGUUCAAGUUUAACUUGUUCAGUUAAAUUUUUCUAGUA